GCCAGGUGAAUGUUUCCGUGACAUAACCUCUGUGUUUUUACUAUAACCUCAAACUUGUCUUUAUCUAUGACCCCAAAUGGAUCAUUAUAAAAGUGCACUAAAAAACUGAAAAAUUAUCUCAAUGGAAGCCCGGGAGGCCUGCCUGAGAAGCAGCAUUGAAAGUGAAGAUGAGGGCCACUCAGAUGGCCCAGAUGAAUCACACUACAUGCCGCAAAAUGCCCCUAGGAUUAUCAACACAUCGACUGGCGCUUCUAAGCUGCGCUCUUGGCUCAACAAAACUCUAAAGAUCAGAAUGACUGAUGGUAGGACUCUGUUGGGGGUGUUUCUCUGUACUGAUCGCGACGCCAACAUUAUAUUGGGGUCCUGCUCAGAGUACUUGCCUACUGAUCCUUCUGAGUCAAAUGAGGAUCCGCGCAUGCUGGGACUGGUAAUGAUUCCGGGAAAGCAUAUUGUGUCUGUACAAAUCGAUAUGAAUGAGUUCACGAUGGAUUAUCAAGGCUCACUCAUUGAAAGCUUAAAUUAUGUUUAAACUUAACAUCUCUAAAGCUAGCGGUUAAUGACUGAAGCCAAGAGCUGUUAAAACAAUUCACUAGUAAAGCAGGUUUAUUUACAUACAACGUUUCAAUGUUCAGUAAACAGACACAAUUUCAUGAUAAACUCGCCUUGGCUCAAAUACAGCUGAUUUAGUCUUUAUUUGAUUGGGAAUUCUGUAAAAUAAGAAUAAAACCCUCAUAAUUUCAAACUCAAA